GUGCCUACAAGCAUAAAGGUAUCCGACUCCUCUCCAUCUGUUACUCCAGUACAACCUCUCCGAAUCAAAUUUACCUAUCGGUUUUCCCUAUUACUCAUUUCAUCAACCCCGAUAAAACCCACCAGAUUUGACAAAUGGUUAAAGUUUUUGUUCUCGGGUCCUCUGGCUUCAUUGGCUUCGCGGUAGCUCUUGCCCUUCGCCGCAAUGGCCAUCGAGUCUAUGGUCUUGUCCGCGACCCUGCCAAGGUACCCAACCUAGCGAAGCACGAAAUCACUCCUGUUAUAGGCGAUGUCCUUCAACCUUCCUCCUGGACCUCGGUAAUUGAAUCCGAAGGGAUAGACGUGAUCGUUGAUUCGUCCAAUAUCGGCAAAGAUUUGGUAGCUUGGCGGCCAGCUACGGAGAACGAAUUAUUGAGUUUGAGUGAUGUUUUGGAUGUUGCAGUCAUAAGGCCGACCAUGGUUUAUGGCGGGAGUGGUAGUAUUUUUUCCAUGCUUGUGGCCCCGAUAGCUGCGGCGGUGAAGGAAGGUGCUUCCGAAGUGAAGGUUCUGGGGAGAAAAUUCGAGCUUUCUGUGAUACACAAAGACGAUGUAGCUGACUUCACGCUCAAGGUUGUGGAAAAGAUAUCUUAUGUGGGAGCUUUGUCUUAUUCGGUUUUUGAUAUCACAACUCAACACGAAUCCUAUACCGAUAUCAUUGAGGCUGCGGCGAAGCAUAUGGGGUUCACGGGUGCUAUCACUUAUAGGGAUCCGGAAGGCACUAUGACAAUGCUUGAGCAGGCGAUCCUCACCCAGUUCAACACUAGCAGUGACCGGGCUAGGACUUAUUUGGGAUGGGAGCCGAGGCAUAGGGAUAUCAUGGGGCAGAUUGAUAUCUAUGCUGCAACUAUGGUUGCCCAUUUGUAAUUGGGAGCGGGUGAAAUGAUACUUUUCUUUUUCUUUUUUCACCUCCUAUAAGUAAGGAAUACAAAAUAUUUGACAAUCA